AUGAUACCAAAAUCAAUGGUGUUGAGAUGGCCGAAAGAAAAAGACUACUGUGAAAGUGAGGGGAUAAAGAUGGAGCUCAAAGUUUUGGCGACAGACAGAAUUGAGAAGCAUGAGAGUUUGAUUAUAAGGCCUAGAAUCAAGGUGUGGAUGGCUAGGGCCAUUACCAUUGUGGUACUUUGGACUAGUCUUGUUCAUCUGGUUGCACUAGGGGAAUUGUUGGGGCCAAGUUUGUUGAAGGGCAUGCCUUAUUGUUUCAGCACCCCAGCUGUGGAAAACGAUUUGGCUCCAGCCAAGGUUGUGCUCCCACCCAAAAGAACUUAUAGGAAUAAUGGUUAUCUUCUGGUUUCAUGCAAUGGAGGACUCAACCAAAUGAGAGCAGCAAUAUGUGACAUGGUUGCCAUUGCCAGACACUUAAAUGUCACCCUCAUAGUUCCAGAGCUGGACAAGGCCUCUUUCUGGGCUGAUUCAAGUGACUUCAAAGAUAUAUUUGAUCUAGAUCAUUUCAUUACCUCCUUGAGAGAUGAGGUUCGGAUACUAAAGCACCUACCACCUAGGGUCAAGAUAAGAGUUGAACAAGGACUAUCCUACUCAAUGCCACCCAUUAGCUGGUCUAAUAUCUCAUACUAUGAAAACCAGGUCCUUCCUCUGCUGCUGAAACACAAGAUCAUACACCUAAAUAGAACAGAUGCAAGACUUGCCAACAAUGGACUACCUGCUGAGAUUCAAAAGCUACGGUGCCGAGUAAACUUCAAUGCUCUGAGGUUUACUUCUCAGAUAGAAGAACUUGGCAGAAGGAUAGUCAAGGUUUUGAGGGAAAAGGGACCUUUCGUUGCACUUCAUCUUAGAUAUGAGAUGGACAUGUUGGCGUUCUCUGGUUGUGCUCAUGGUUGUGACAGCAAAGAGGAGGAGGAACUAACAAGAAUGAGAUAUGCAUAUCCUGGAUGGAAAGAGAAAGUUAUUAAUUCUGAGCUUAAGAGGAAAGAUGGUUUAUGCCCUUUAACACCUGAGGAAACAUCACUAGUAUUGACAGCACUUGGAAUAGAUCACAAUGUUCAAAUUUACAUUGCAGCGGGAGAAAUAUAUGGCGGAGAGAAAAGGAUGGAAAGUUUACUAGGAGAUUUUCCUAAUCUGGUAAGGAAAGAAACUUUGCUGGAACCAUCAGAAUUGAUGUAUUUCCGAAAUCACUCCUCUCAAAUGGCUGCUGUGGAUUAUCUUGUUUCCCUAGAAAGUGAUAUAUUUAUUCCAACAUAUGAUGGGAACAUGGCUAAAGUUGUGGAAGGCCAUCGCAGAUUUCUAGGAUUCAAAAAAACUGUAUUACUGGAUAGAAGGCUUCUGGUAGACCUAAUAGACCAAUACUACAAUGGGUUUUUGAGUUGGGAUGAUUUUUCCACUGCUGUGAAAGAAGUUCAUGCCAAUCGUAUGGGAAGUCCUAAAAGAAGACUUAUCAUUCCUGACAAGCCCAAAGAAGAAGACUACUUUUAUGCCAACCCUCAGGAAUGUUUGCAAUUGCUAGAUGAACCACUGAAAAGCACAUAA